UUCAAGCGUAAAAAGGAUAAGUGCCCACUGGCGAGAAAAGGAGUUAGCUACCUCAGCUAUGAAAUCAAAGGAGGAAAGAUGGCCCGGAUGGAAACACAUAUUGUGGCUAUUCGGAAGAUAUCGUCUCCACAAACUAAGAUAGAGGUUGGAGCGUUCCUCGGGAUAAUGGGAUACUACCGACGAUUUAUUUCAAAUUUUGCCCAAUUGGCUAGGCCAUCGGAGAAGUUAAAUAAGAAAGCAAGCCCUACUAUAGUGAAGCUUGAUGAACAGAUGCAACCAAGCUUCAAGAGAUUGAAGGAUGGAAUAAGUAAGAAACCGAUCUUACAACUAAUUAAGCUUGAUCGACAAUACAUC